GCCGACGUUCGACGCACAGCACACCUGUAGAAUGCGUUUCUGAAAAUUAGACGCGAUUUAUUAUUUUCAGCUUUCGAAGCAUUUAUUUGACAUUCAGGUCUCUGCUUCAUAUUUGACUGAUUUCAUAGGAUACAUCGAUCUGACAACUUUUAUCUUUCGAAACCUCGUGACUCUGCUGACUUCAUGGAUUCCGAUCCCGCAAAGCCGUCAAAUGGCACCGUAGCUGUUGAAAUGAUGACUCCAUCCCCGAAUGGCACCACCAAAACUCCUCCGGAGAAUGGCAGCUCACACAAACGUCUAGAAGGAAAGAAAGCCGAAGAAGACUCUGGAAAGGGCAAAAAUCGUCACCCCCUCUUCAGAUGCCUGGGUCACAACCUCCUUACUGUUGCCACUUUUAUGGGCGUAGUGAUUGGUAUAGUUCUUGGAUUUGGCAUGAAGAGCGCUAAAACGUGGUCAAAGCGAGAAGUGAUGUAUGUCAAUUUUCCCGGUGAGCUGUUUCUCAACAUGCUGAAGUCCCUCAUAUUGCCGCUCAUUAUAUCCAGUCUGGUGGCAGCUACAGGUUGCUUGGAUAGGAGAAUUGCUGGUAAGAUUGGUGCGCGGGCUGUUGCUUACUAUAUAGCUACGACUGUCCUGGCAAUUAUACUUGGUAUCAUUCUCGUCAUGGCCAUAAAACCUGGCGCUAAUGGAGAUUUCGAUGUAGACACGGAAAAGAAAUAUAGCAGACCAACAUUACCAGAAGAUACGCUAAUGGACCUUGUCAGGAACCUGUUUCCACCAAACAUAGUUGAAGCUACUAUGUUUCAGAUGAAUACAGUUUUACAGUUGCCACCUAAUUCUAGUCAUAACGAUACAGAUCGUUUGAAGGAAUAUAACUGGAAACUUGACAUGGGAAGAACCACUAAUAUUUUGGGUAUUGUCAUCUGUUCUUUAGUGGUCGGACUUACAUUAGGAUCAAUGAAGAAAAAGGGAAAACCACUCUUGGACGUGAUCAUUUGUUUGAACGAAGCAGUAAUGAUAAUAACUAAAUAUGUCAUUUGGAUUUCCCCAGUUGGUGUGAUGUUUUUGGUUGCAAGCAAAAUCAUUGGAAUGGAAGAUCUCACCAAAGUUGCAGGUCAAGUCGGCCUCUAUUCCGCGACGGUACUGGUUGGUAUACUAUUCCAUGGACUAGUGGUUUUGCCGCUCAUCUACUUCAUUUUUGUGAGAAAAAAUCCGUAUGUCUUCAUGCUCAGAAUGACACAAGCUCUCGCCACGGCUUUUGGUACUUCCUCCAGCUCUGCUACUCUCCCAAUCACGAUGGCAUGCCUUGAGGAAAAAAAUGAAGUGGACCCUAGAGUAUCCCGUUUCUGUUUACCAAUUGGUGCUACCAUCAAUAUGGAUGGUACUGCCCUAUACGAAGCAGUGGCAGCCAUAUUCAUUGCACAAGUCCGAGGAGUCUCUCUAUCUAUUGGAAAUAUUAUUGCUAUCAGCAUUACUGCAACCGCAGCAAGUAUUGGGGCUGCAGGAAUCCCGCAGGCGGGAUUGGUUACCAUGGUGAUGGUUCUCAACGUGGUUGGCCUUCCGGCUGAAGAUGUCACUCUUAUCUUGGUCGUUGAUUGGAUAUUGGAUCGAUUCCGUACAGUGAUUAACGUCAUGGGAGAUGCCUUUGGAUCUGGAAUUGUUGACCAUCACAGCAAAGCCGACCUGGCGGAAUUAACAAACGCUGAAAACGAUCUGAGCGUUGAAACAACAACAUUGUAAUAUAUAAAAUCAUCCACCUAUGUAUUCAUGCAUUCAUAUCACCUGUUAGAUUCACUCAAAAGGGUACGUGGUAUUGUAGACAUUAACCUGUGAUCGUUGUACAUUCACCGCCAGACUGAUGGCAUAUCUUUGGACAUAAGUAUUGGAGAUAAAAUGAGAAAUAGGUUGCAAAUCCUCGUAUUUAGCAAUGUUUGACUAAGAACCUAAUUAUUUUCUAAGGUUAUCUAAUAUUUAUUGCACAUUUAUAUGUUUUACAUUAGCAUCAAAAUAUACUUGAAAUAAUUCUAUAAUUUUGAAAAACUAAAAACUUUAUCGAUUUUUCGUGCUUUUUUUUUACUGUGUUCAGUUUAAUUUUUAACUUUCACUACGCCGCUUUGAAAAAUAAAUAAAAAACAAGUAAGUGCACAAACGUAAAUGAAAUUCUUCUGAAAAAACAUUUUACGCAUUUUUUGACCCAUUCUGCUCAAGAAACGGGUUGAGAUCGAAAAACUGAACCCUGCUUAGAAGGAUUCAAACCUGUCAGAAGUUAAGUCAAGAAAUCUACACGUCAAUGCUCACAAUUGAAUUUCUGCUGGUUAAAAAGAUAACAUGUGUAAACACUGGCAUCGCUUAGAAGGUGCGAUGGGAAAAUACAACUGGGAAAAACAUGAUAUUAUUAAUAACAAUUGGAAAUAUUUAUUCCACAUAGUACAACUAUUAAAAAAAAUAUACGAGAGUGACAUGCAAUAUAUUACAAAUAAGCAUGCUGUGCUGUGUGCAGCCAAAAAAUAAGAAAAAAGCGAAAGUUGAUGUAGAACAAGUAAAAAAAAUUCCGAGACUGCACAGUUUAGUUUUGGGCAACGUUCCGAGAUUUGACAGGUUUUCAUCUAUUUCCUGAGAAAAUCAAGUAUCUUUGUCAAAAGUUUCCUGAAUUGCACGAUUGUCAACUUCUCACUUUUAUGCUGAAUAUUUUUAACUACCAGUUUAAUUAUUAAUUGAACUUAUUUAUUAAUUGUAUCGCUUUCUUUUGUCCAAAAUCCCUCUUUGUUAACUAAGUUCCCAAUGGAAGCCAACUGAGAAUCUCUUUGUGACGUAAUGAUCCGGAUAAGAUGCUUUGAACUAUUUUGGAAUGGCAGGAUGUGUUCUAGAAACGUAACUAUUCUUACUGGGAAGAUUUCUGAGUUAUUCAGAAAGAUUUUAGGAUAAUUGUAGGAAGGUUAUUAAUUAUUAGCAAUAAAAAUUGCUGCUGUGCGUAAGAUAUACUGUUGGCAGAUAUUAAACACAUUAGCUACCCAUUAUUUUUCAGGAACGUUUCUGUAUUGUUUUUACAGUGUAAUAUUAACAAUAUAUUUUUUCUUGCCAACUUUUAUGGGUUUUCUCCUAUUUUUUUACGGAUCAUGGAUUAUUUUCCACAUCAGAUUCAGAUUUUGGAAACAAAUGACUUUUAUCACAUUUCAACUUAUUCAUCAAGUUUUGCUGAUUGAAUUUUUUAAAAUGAUGAUUGCUGAGUUUCACGCUAAAAUAAUACUGGUUGAAAAUUUACGCAGUGACAUUUUUUUUUUAUUUCAAGUAUUAGUUUAGAUUCCGGAAAUGAAUACUGACUUUUUUUCUACAAUGUGCUUGAUAAAUGAUUAUAUUUCCCCGUCAAAAAAGUAACAUUCACCGAUUUUUGCUCUGAGUUUUUGAGAUACAUCUUCUGAAUUCGUAUGUUACUAAUUUGUCAGCUGUCAGGGCGAACGUUACUGAAUAAUCAUUUAAUGAAGUUGAUAGCCUUGAAUAAUAAGAUCGUAAACGAAGAUUCAUGUCUCAUUUCGAAAGAUGAAAUUACGUGCCCAAUUCAAAAGAAGUCAUAAGUGACCUGGAUUUCUUUGAGAACCUGAAAUGAAGUUGGAGAGGGAAAUCAAACAAGAAUUUUUAUACAUUUUAUUUUUUUUUUUUUGAAUUUGGCAACCCUCUCUGCCUGUUUUUGAUUUUACACUAGCUGUCUAGAGUUUAAAAAAAAAUCUAGAUAUCUUACAACGUUAUUUUAUUAGGCAUCAUUAAAGAAAAACCAGCUGUCAUUUUCUCAAAAUGGGGGUUUUAAAUAACUUCUAAAGCACGUCGAUGAGAAUCAGGCAAUUUUAAGCAAAAUCAAAAUUUUUUUUUUAGUUAUUAACUGAUAAACUAAUAUCGUUUUCAUCUAUUUUUAAGAGUAUAAUUUACUGAUCACAGCAAAAAAAAAAAAAAAACAUAAUAAAUCCUAAUUUUAUUUACUGUUAUUGAUCAAAUCUUGUUCUACCGAUAUCCCCAACCCCUACCCCUUCUUUUAGACCUCUUUUAUUUUACACCAUAUAUGAAUUUAGUUUUAAAAAAUGAUUCAAAAUCUGCUGCAUGAAUCUUUCCCUUUUAAACUUUGUUGUUACAUGCCAUAUAAAGAUUCUGAGGAUUUUUUAAAAGGGUUUUUUGAACAUGCUUUGAACUAAGUAAAUUCAUACUUCAAAUAAGUUUUUUCUCCAAACAAACCUGUACAUAUUUUUGUUUUUCAUGUUGAAUGGU